AUGAAUACGUUUAAGCUUUCUAAUAUUUUAUUUAACAUUGUGAUUUUACAUUUAAUUUAUGUAUCAGAAUCGACAGAAGUUUUAACUUGUGCCGAGUAUUACGCUAAGUACAAAACUUUAGGAGAAUAUUAUUGCUCUAUAUAUCGGGAGAAAUGUAUUGACGGCCUCUUUGGUACUUCAGAUACUAAUUUGCCGUUUUUUGUACAACAUAAUUUUACAUUGGACUCUACAUGGAAAUCUGUCGGAAAAAUUAUAUAUUGUAAAAGUGGUACUUGUCAUGCAGAAUUUACUAUAAAGAUUGAAAAAAGUACACAGAUUGAAUAUGGCAAUAAAAAAUCUUCAACGCAAUCGUCCACAUUGGGAUAUAGUGAAGCUGUUGCAAAGGCUAUAGCUGACGGUGUGAAUGCUGGUUUUUCGGGCAUAGGCAUACAAUUUCGCGUAUCGACUGAAACUUCUGUACAAAGUGAUAGUGAACGAUCAUAUGAAGUUACUAAUAAGAAUGGUUUUACUGUAUUGUAUUCAACUAGUACAGCAAAUACUGUCGGUGCGGAAGAAAAAAUCACAUGUGAUGGGGUUCAAAAUGAAAAAAUAUUUAUGGAGGCGCGAACAAACAUGACACGAUUGAAGGGCAACGCUUGCGAAUUCAUAUGUAAUGAUACAUGGAAUAGUAGACUCCUUUACAAGUGUAAUUAUGUUGAUUUAAAAAUGUAUCCAGUACAUAAUGAAAAUAUAGUCAUCGAAUUGCAAUGUAACCGUGAAAUAAUAAAUUUAUAUAAUGAACUAUAA